AAAAAAAAAAAAAAAAAAAAUUGCAAAGGCUGGAUUGAAGUUUGCGGCUUUGGGACAAGUACUGACUAUCGAUAGUUGACAACUGCAUAAGAAUGCUUAACAUCGAACGGUGCAUAGAAUCUAAACAUGGGUAGUGAUGACGUCCUACCGAGUAACCAGAUGUGAAUCUCUCUCAGGCGCGUUAACUCUCUCGAUAAGUGCCUUCAUUUUAAAUAAAUUUGCUGUAUCCUCACGCCAUGUGUCUGAGUACGAGGCAACGUUUUAAAUGAUUGUCCAUUAGCAAUGUAGCGGGAGAUGCUGCAACGUCAAGAUUGGCAAAGUCCCUCGAGGCUGUGUCACGUCGUCGUCAUUCCGACCACAGAAAUUCGUGGAAACCCAUCCGAAGCUCCCGAUAUAUCAAGUCUUGGUAACAUCCGCCCGAAAGUCAUUGGAUGCAUGUCGUAUUUCUCAAUUCUACGAACCGUAUUUGCGACACAGAAAUUUUAGCCAAAUCCAGCAAGAUGGUCGAGCUGCAACAUUGCGGAACGCUGCACGACUGGAGCGUAGAGCAUUCUGAGAAGCAUCUGGAAAGGCUACAGAGUUCAGAGAGUGGUAGCAAGGACUACGGCGCACAUAAUCUUACAUGUUUAUGGAUCGGCCUUGCCUCGGCUGUUCAAGCUAAUGGUCAGGUUCAGAUUGGCUUUGCCGCCCAUGACGGAACAUAUUCAAUUGACUUCGCAGUGAAAACUGUCGGCGAACUUCAGGAUGGGUAUAGCUAUCCUGAUGGUGACCAUUUGUCUGACAAUCUUGCACAAGAGAUCGAGAACAAGUGCAUCGAUGAGCUUCGUGAUUUCAAGCAGAAACAUUAUUACAAGAUCGUUGGCGCUGGUAUCAGCACAUCGCUAUCGGUACUAUGCCCCAGACUUCCCUCUCUGCUAUGGAGCGAACUCGAUAUUGUGCCUUUUGUUCUGGAGCGCACUACGAAGUCGCUGAAUGUGAUGGAAACAAUUGAUGAACACGCCGAUGCGGUCGCACGUCGCUGCGUAGGAUUUUUUGGUCCAACAUGUCAACCUCGAAUCCAGGUCGGAUAUCGAGGUGAAGUUGAAGUUGAUGCGAGUUACAAAGCACAUCUGACUACCAAAGAGCAAUACGAGAAGACCGUGAGCUCUAAUACGUGGAGGGCAGCGAUGCACUUUGCGUCAUCUCUUCAGCAGCGAAACGUCAAAAUCGCCUUUUUCAGCGCGACACCACAAGGAGGAGGUGUGGCUCUUAUGCGUCAUGCUCUCGUUCGAUUUUUCCGCUCCAUAGGAGUGAAUUGCAAAUGGUACGUGCCGAAGCCUAGUCCGGAGAUCUUCCGCAUCACCAAGACAAACCACAAUAUUUUGCAAGGCGUGGCAGAUCCGGAUGAGCGAUUCACCGAGGCGCAACAGAGGCUCAUCAGAGAAUGGAUUGAAGCGAACUCGAUCCAGAAAUGGAGCCCAGCCGGUGGUCCAUUGUCUGCGCGAGCAGACGGGGGCGCAGACAUUGUCAUUGUUGAUGACCCUCAAAUGCCUGAUCUCGUGCCAAUAGCGAAGCACAUGGACCCUAGUCGUCCUGUCAUAUUUCGGUCGCAUAUUCAGAUUCGAAGCGAUUUGGCUGACCAGCCUGGAACACCUACGUCAGAGGUCUGGCAGUGGCUGUGGGAUAGAGUAAAGCACGCAGAUAUCUUCAUCAGUCACCCCGUGCGGCAGUUUGUGCCAAAUGGAGUCGACUUUCAGAAGGUUGGAUGGCUACCAGCAACAACGGAUUGGCUGGAUGGCCUGAAUAAACCGCUGUCUGAAUUUGAUGCUAGGCACUAUAUCCAUGAGUUCAAUGCGGCAUCAUUUCGACAGCACAUGCGACUACUGGAUUAUCCAAAUCGCAACUAUAUUGUGCAGAUUGCACGGUUUGAUCCGUCAAAAGGCAUCCCCGAUGUUCUAGCAUCAUAUGCUGUGCUACGCAGAACAUAUUUCAAAGACGUUUGCACCAGAGACAUACCGCAAUUAGUCCUCGCAGGACAUAGUUCCGUGGACGACCCGGAUGGCUCUCGAAUCUUUGAUCAGACUCUGCAGUUACUUGAGACAAAGUAUGCGGAUAUUGCAGACGAUGUGGUUCUUCAACGCGUAGGUCCAGCAGAUCAGAUCCUCAACGCGCUUCUCAGUCACGCGAAAGUUGCGCUUCAACUUUCCACCCGCGAGGGUUUUGAAGUGAAGGUUUCGGAGGCUUUGCACAAGGGAAUACCCGUCAUUGCAACUAAUGCUGGCGGCAUUCCCCUGCAAGUACAACACGGAAAGGGAGGUUACAUUGUUGAAGUUGGCGAUCACAAUGCUGUAGCUAAGUACUUGAACGACCUACUAACUGAUGCCGACUUGUACGCGAGAAUGAGCCGGUUGGCAGCUGAGAGCGUAAGCGACGAGGUCGGAACGGUUGGUAACGCUCUGGCGUGGAUGUACCUCGCUGAUUCGCUCACAAAGGGUGACGAUGUCAAACCCGGAGGAGCAUGGAUCAACGAUCUGGCACGGAAGCAAGCUGGUGUCCCGUAUGACAAGGGCGAGAACAGGCUACCUCGGAACCUAGAGACACUUGCGUUAACGGAGAAGGCGUACGCUGUAUAUAAUUAAUAUUGGUCGACUAUCGAUCGGUUUUUUGACAAGGCAUAAUAUAGCCAUUCGAUUCGGGAAUAUGCUCUCUUUGCAAUGACUAGACUACGGU